CACAGUUCAGCAAUGAUUGGCGUAUGGUGUCUCCUACCUAUUUUCUUGAUUGCAACUGUUACAGCCAAGGCGCCAAAGUUCUCUACUUCCGGGCUUUUUGAUGUUGAUGUGGGUCUCGGAGACGUGGAUGGGGUGGUUGCUGCCUUUGGAGAUGUGGAUGGCGACAAAUUCACCGACGUUUUUGUAUUAAAUACUGCACAAACGAGGGCGACUGUGUUUCGUUGGGAUCACGCAAGCUUUCGUUUUCAAAAACUUCCUGAAACGGAAGUUUCAUUAGACCCUACCCACCCGGAGGAUCUAAUCAUCACUAGUGUAAUCCCGGGCGAUUUUGAUUAUGAUGGCAAGCUCGACGUCCUCCUAAUGGGCCAGAAAAAUCCAGCCGGUGCCCCGAAUGGCGAUUUGACGAUGAGAAUAUUUUACGGAAAUGGGGCGGACGCUUUCAAUCGCACACACUUUUUAGAACUGACUCCCUCUACGGCAACGCAACCCUUUGUGCUGGACUUCAAUGGCAACAUGCGGUCGGAGCUACUGGGUUACCCGUCAUCCCGAGAUGGGCACCUGUCACUGUGGGCACCGGCGAGUGGAAACGGGACCGCGGUAGACGUGAAACUCAAUCAAUCCUCUACCCAUGAGUGCACGAUUACUCGUCCACACUCAAAUGCAUUUCUUGACCUCAAUGGGGAUUGCUUGGCAGACAUGUUUGUUACAUGCCAAGGUAGCGGGAACACGCCAAACAAGUUUCAAAUCUGGUUGAAUACGAAAACGGAUGGUUUCCACUUUGGAAUGGAGCAAACACUGCCUGCUGGUUCCGGUCAAAUAACCUUUGCAGAUAUGGACGGCGACGGCACCUUGGAUAUGGUCUUCCCCUCAUGUGACAACCGUCAAUGCUUCAUUCACAUUGUUCAUAAUAAGCAAAUACCCCUUUGUACUACCACGAAUCUGGAGAACUGUCGGAAUCCACAUGACUUGUGCAAGGCCGAUGAGUCGUUCACCUUCGACUUCAGAGAGGAUUCCGGGAACCAUGUGAAGAUUCCACUGGGGGCUAUCUUGCAAGAUGAUGAGAAGCUUGUUCUCAACAUUGACACCAUGAAGGGAAAGCAGCCUGUCCCAUUGCGAAUCGGGGAUUACAAUAAUGAUGGUUACCCGGAUCUGCUUGCGACAACAUCCAAAGCCAUUCGGUUGUUAGCCUCUGUUCCAUGCAGUUCGGAGCUUUGCGGUGCAGCAGGGGUUUCGUCGAAGCGCCGGGCAUUUGAGAAUGUGGACACAGGUGCCGACCUCCUAACAAGUUCGCCCAGUAACAUGCUAUUGGCCACCUUCAUGGAUUUGGAUGAAGAUGGAACACUUGAUAUAUUCGUCAGCACUUUAUCAGGAGGUAGAUAUCGGACAUAUGCGCUAUUCAACAACUUCUACAACGAUGCCUUUUUCUUAAAAGCACUUGUGUCGAAUGGUGUUUGUCCAGGGUGGUGUCCCAAUGGUGUAAAGUCUCCAGUGCCCAAGCCUUACGGAGUAAAUUAUGCGGGUGCUAGCUUCAAGUACACAGUAUUCGACACGUCGGGAAAUAGGCGGGCCACCCAAGCGGCACAAUUGUCGCAGUCGUCCUACUUUGCACUUCAGACGCCGUAUUCACUCUUUGGGCUGGGUCGAACUAACAACUAUAUUGAGGAUCUGUUUGUUGGAGUGACGCGGCGAAAGGCUGCUAACGUAGCAGUGUAUCAAGGAGUAAUUCCAAAUUCGCAACUCAUCGUGAUUCCGUACGAGGAGAAGCCGAGUGAUACUCCGGAUACUUGGCGACUUGAGUUAUAUAUCAAUCCUAGUUCCGCCUCGAAAUCCGUAAUGCUGGUGCUCUGCACCUCUUUAGUGAUAUUGGUAUCCGUUGUUGGAUUUCUACACUGGAUGGAAAAGAGAGAAGACGAGAGGGAACGACGAAAGGCGCUACAUGCGAUCAAUUUUGAUGCUCUUUGAUCCCCUUGGGAUGAUCUCAUCUUGUAGAUACUUUAAUUUAUUGCAAUACAGCAUUGGAACAUUUGGGUUGUCAGACUCGCGCCUGCAUGAUCCCGUUCCAGCGGUUGGGUUGACCGAAUAUUGUCGGCCAAACUGAGCGAAGCGGCAAAGAAGGAAAGCGCGCAUUCCGUAUUACAACUUCCACACGCAUAUAUAUUACAUUAUUACUUGAGGUUACUUCUGAAGACCUCUUUACAUACAUGAUGGGCAGUAUUUACAUUGCGCCCGAUAUUUGC